AUGGACAAAAACAGCUCCUUUGUAACAAAGGACAAAGAACAAGCUAAGAAACUGAAGAAAUGUGAGGCUUUCAAGGAUAUUUCUAAAUACUUUUCUAAAGAAGAGUGGGGAAAGCUGGGAUACUCGGAGAAAACCACUUAUGUCUAUAUGAAGAGAAACUACGAAACUAUGACUGGUCUAGGUCUCAGAGCCGCUCUCCCAGCUUUCAUGUGUCCUAAAAAACAGACCGCAGAAUUCCGUGACUCUGAUGCAGAUGGGACCCUUGGGAAUCAAAGAUCUAAUAAAAGAAAGAACAAUAUCUGGGCCUACAGGUUGCGAGAAAGAAAGAACCAAGUAGUGUAUGAAGAGAUCAGUGACCCUGAGGAAGAAGACUAA